AUAUCUGCAGGAGACAACUGCUUCUGACAAUAUUCUGACGUAUGAUCAUACGCAUUCAUCCGUAUGAUGCGUUGACUGUUCAAGGAAGGCAGUAAUAACCAUAAGACAUCAGUAACUCUCGUUUAUUUUCCGUCAAAUACAGUAACUGUGUGUGAAAAAUGUUUAUUAAGGCAUUCAAGGUAAAAAGUAACAGUCCGCUGAAAGGUUCUGAAAGAAAGAAAUUAUACUCUGAAAUAUCCACAACAUUUCCAAGCCUCAGCGAUGAACAAAUUCAAAACAUACUGCCAAAGAAAGAGGCAGUCAGUUCAAUAAAGAUAAUGACUCAUAGUGGGGAAAUUGGCAAACUCUUCUGCGCCUCGGAUGUCCCGAUGUUCUUUCAACUCGACUCAGGCAUCUAUCCCACCGUCUAUACUCUUUGGCAGUACCCAGACCUCCUGCACAGCUUCACUACUCAUCAUGCUGUAAUCCAAAAGCUUGCCAGCGGCGCCGACCUUAUGUUGCCAGGAGUUGUUCUUGAGGGUCCACCAUCUCUUCACGCUUACGGGAAAUUAGAAAAGGGAACUCCGGUGUCUGUCAAUACCUCUGACAACAAGGCAGCAGUUGCAGUUGGCAUUACUGCUCACUCCAGUUAUGAUUUAUAUAUGGCAGGGGGCCGCGGUAGGUGUGUAGAAAUAUUACAUGCACUUGGCGAUACUCUUUGUCAACUGGGAAAACCACCUAUGAGACCAAACUUGGGUGUACCAUUUGCCCAAGAAGAGGUAGAUGAUGAUGACGAAAUCAUGCCGGAGAAACUCCAGGAACUCGAUAUCGCAGACGAAAUCAAAACUGAAACGAUAAAGGAACGUUUAACAGAAGAAAAUACAGAUGAAAGCAGGGAACACGAGGAGAGUGUGAAGAGUGUGGAAAACGAGGUGCCUAGUGAAAAACUUGACCCCAUUCAACAGAUGGACAAGCUUUUGGAGUAUUGUUUCCUAAAAGCGUGUAAAAUCUCGAUAAAAAAAGGCGACCUGCCAAUGCUCUCGUCAAAUUUUUUUAAAAACCAUUUACUAGCUGUUUGUCCACCUGAUCAAACUAUAGAUGUCAAAAAGUCGAGCUACAAAAAGCUGUCCGUAUUCUUGGCUAGCAUGAAAUCUAAGGGUAUAAUCAACACCUCGACUAUGAAGGGCGUCGAGACGUUGCUGUCUGUAAAGACCGACCAUCCGUUAAUAAGAGAAUUAGUGAUAAUGGAAGAACGUGCGCCAGUUGAACCUGUUGUAUCGAACGUUCCCGUUGUUGCAGAGUGUUACAGAGUUACGGCAGAUGUUUUUCCUGUUUUAUCGAAAUUCGGAUGCGACAAAGGGGACAUUCUGACUAGGGCCGAAGUGCGAAAGUGCUUCACCGAAUACGUGAAAAAAGAAAAUCUUCAAGAUGGAAAGAUUUUGACUUUAAAUCCACAACUGGCCGGCAUAUUGCGGACAAAAGAACACCAGGAAACUCUGGGCUGGGAAGAUGCGCUCAAUAAGUUCAUCGGCAGAAUGACCCAUACUCAUCAAGUAACAGUUGCUGGGACGAGGUUGGUACGGAGCGGAAAAUUGGAACCAAUAGAUAUCACAGUUGCUACCAGGUCUGGAAAUAAAAAGGUGACAUUGGUGAACAACUUAGAAACCUUUGGUAUAAAAUUGCAAGAAUUUAGCAAAGAGUGUCAAGGAAUUGGAGCCAGCGCUACAAUAACUGAUGUACCUGGGAAAAAAAUGCCUAGUGUGCUUGUACAAGGCAACCAAGUUCUCUACGUUUACAAAUUGUUAACCGAAAAAUACCAGAUAAAUAAGAAGUAUAUAAGAGGCCUCGAAUAUGCACCCAAACAACGAAAGUAACAUGCGAAAUGAGAUCUGAUGGAAAGUGAGAGUUGCAGUCACCAUAAACGAUCAAAAAACAUCAUCAAACUGUGUAUAUUAUAUAAAUAUAAAAUGCUACGUGCUCUUCUGUGAAAAAAUAAAUUAAGAAAAUUUAUAGGUACUAAAUACAAAACAAUCGUCCUA